AGUGCAGGGAAGUAGAUGCAACGUGUACUUCCUGCCUUUAAACCGCUAUCAGCUCUCUACUAGAAAAGGUGUGUUGCGGAACAGUGCGAAGUUGCCUCGCUGUAAUGCAGCAGCAACUUAGCUUGUCGAAAAGUAGUUAACUAGGCAGCUAACUAACGUUAUAGAUGUGCACUAACAUACCAAAUUGAUUCAUUUGUGAGAGUGAAAGUACGGAGUCGUUUCACCACAUCAGAGAGAAUAGCAAUAUAACGACAAAGCUAGCGAGCUAACUAACGUUAUAAAUAAAACAUUCUGUCGUGUAGCUGAUUUAGCUAACUAGCUAUACCUGUAGGAAACGUUCGACCUCGCUUGCAGCUAGCUAGCCAGCUUGCUUGCUGCAAUGAUCAACUAUUGGACUCUCGUCUGAUGAAGGAUAUCGCAAGAAGCUCUUUUAAACUUCUACAAGAGGAGGACACAGGAUAGGAAUUGAAAAUGAAGAAGCAGUUUAAUCGGAUGAAACAACUCGCCAACCAAACAGUUGGCAGAGCUGAGAAAACAGAAGUCCUUAGUGAUGACCUUUUACAGAUCGAGCGGCGCAUGGAGAUGGUGCGAGUGGUCUCCCACAACACGCACAAGAAGAUGAUUGCGUGUCUGCAGGGGCACAUCGGCACCGAUGCCGAGAAGAGACAAAAAAAACUCCCGCUCACAGCGCUGUCACAGACCAUGCAGGAUGGAGGAAGCCAGCUGGGAGAGGAGUCUCUGAUUGGUAAGAUGAUGGAGCUUUGCGGUGAGGCAGAGAACCGUCUGGCCUCUGAGCUGAUGCAACAUGAGGUGCAGGUUGAGAAGGACAUCCUGGACCCUCUUAAUCAGUUAGCGGAGGUUGACAUUCCCAACAUCCUGAAACAGAGAAAGCAGUUGGCCCGGCUGGUGCUGGACUAUGAUUCUGCAAAAGCUCGGUGGUUGCAGGCAACCAAGUCAGUAAUCUCAGGAACAAACACUCAAGCACUGACAGCCAAGGUGGACUCUCUCAAGGAGGAGGUGGAUGAAGCUAUGAACAAAGUAGAGCUCUGCAAGGACCAACUGGCUGCAGACAUGUACAACUUCUUUUCAAAGGAAGGGGACUAUGCCCGCUAUUAUGUAAUGUUAUUAGAAGCACAAGCUGAUUACCAUAGAAAAUCUUUAGCAGUGCUGGAGAACGUUCUGCCAAACAUCCAGACUCAACAAGACAGCUGGACUGAGAAGCCAGCCUUUGGGACAGCCCUCGAUGAGCAUCUGAAGCGCAGUGGGCGAGAGAUUGCGCUGCCCAUCGAGGCCUGUGUGAUGAUGCUGCUGGAAACGGGCAUGAAGGAGGAGGGGCUGUUCAGGAUCGCUGCAGGGGCCUCCAAGCUGAAGAAGCUCAAGGCAGCGCUGGACUGCUCCACCUCCCAGUUGGAGGAGUUCUACUCCGAUCCUCAUGCUGUGGCUGGUGCCUUGAAGUCCUAUCUGAGGGAAUUACCAGAGCCUUUAAUGACCUUCCAGCUAUAUGAUGAGUGGAUACAAGCAUCCAACGUGUCUGACCCAGACAAAAGGCUGCAGGCAUUGUGGGUGACAUGUGACCAGCUACCAAAGAAUAAUAAGGCCAACUUCAGGUAUCUGGUGAAAUUUCUUGCCAAGCUAGCCCAAGAAAGUGAAGUCAAUAAGAUGACGCCCAGCAACAUUGCGAUCGUGCUGGGACCUAAUCUACUGUGGUCCAAGACUGAAGGGAGUCUGGCAGAGAUGGCUGCUGCUACAUCUGUCCAUGUAGUGACUAUAAUUGAACCCAUCAUCCAGCACGCUGACUGGUUCUUCCCAGAUGAUGUGGACUUCAACGUGUCGGGCAUGUUCGCUAUGCCCGCGCCACUUGCAAACCACACCAACCACCUGACCACGCCCGACUUUGAAUCGGGCACUAUAGAGAGAAAGCGGCCAGGCAGCAUGGUCGGGCCCGAGGGCGACAGUCCUCGCAAAGACAGCCCGGCUAACAAAUUGUCGGACCACGCCCCUCGUAGAGGCAGCACUCUUAAUAGAAAGCAGCACGCUUCGCCUACCUUCCAGCCCCCCUUGCCCCCGGUGGAGGCUGGGGGGGCUGCGCUGGCACAGUCUGUUGCCGAGCUUCAGCCCCCGCAGCAGGCUCAGCCCGUUGGGGGGUUGGGCCUGGAGGCUUGUCAGUCAAGCUCGGCACUGGGCGUGGCAUCAGUGGCCACCAUGCAGCAGCUUCUAGCCCAGCACGCUGAAGAGAACAGCUUGUCAAAGCCUCGUGAGCCUAGCACCACACCCCCACCUCAGAGGAAUGGAGCAGCGGGUGUGCAGAUGAACACCCCCAGUGCGACCAGCGGACCAGGGCAGCUGGGGGUCGGGACCCCGCAGCCGGGCUCCAUGGGCCCCAGUCCUCAUAUGAUGCGCAGAGGUACAAAGAAGCCUGCUCCCGCCCCACCUAAACCAGCCAACCCCCCUCCAGGACAGCCCAGCGGUCAGUCAAACUCAUUCUCAGGAUCCUCCCAGCCUCCAAAACCCUCCUCCAGUCACUCCCCUCCUGGGCAGGGCCCCAGCGCGAACACGCCUCAGCCCUCCGCCACACCCCGCCGGCAUUCCAGCAACCAGCCGCCAAUCCAGGCCCCCAACCACCCUCCUCCCCAGCCUCCCACACAGGUCACGUCCCCUCCCAAUACCAAAGCCGGUAGCCAAGCAGCGGGAGAGUGUGGAACAGAACAGUCUCCUCCCAGCACCCCUACCCCUCCUGACACCCCCCCGCCUUCCACCGCUCCACCUGACAGCCCCUGCAACCCGUCCUUCCCCUCCUUUCCGUCUGGCUCUCUCCCCCGCCCCCGUCCCGUGCCCAAACCAAGGCACCGGCCCAACGUGCCCCCGCCCCCUCAGCCCCCCACAUCUGGCAACAGCGACGCCAACGGUAUCUGCAACUCUGCAUCCAAGAUCAUCACUGAUUCCUCUGUGGCUUUGAAAGGGCUGAGUCGUGCCUUCAUCCCUGAGCUUGCUGUGGAGCAGCAGGCCACAAGCCCUGCUGGCCGAGAGCUUCCUACCCUCCCACCCAAGGACACAGAUCUAGACUCGGAGAGUACCGCCUUGUGAGGAAGAGGACACUGCCCUGCUUCUGAAGUUGCCACUCUCUCUCCCAAGCCUCCUAGACAGCCAAACGUCCCCCUGACCCCCGCACCGCCCUACUCUCUCCCGCAAACCAAGUACCCAAACCCAUCAUAGUCACUGUUAACAACUUUCCUGCUGCUGCAUGAGCUUCAGACAAUCAGUCAAACACCACAGCAAUGUAGGGCUGCAGCUGGGAGUCCUCAUUCUGCAGUAUUGAGGAGGUUUCAGAAAAGCUGUAGCUCCUUACUGGGUGUUUUAUUUAUGCAAUAUGAAGUUUGAAAUCAAACUGAUCAAAAUGAAUGAAUGGAAAAUUACAUCUCCUGGAAUGGUUGUUGUCCAGUGAUAGGUGAUGGGUUGUGUUGUGAACAGAAAAAAAAGGAAAUGGCUUUUCACUUAGCAGUUGUUUGUAUAAGGUUGUCUUUAAUGUUCUUUUUCUAUUUCUGGGAUGCAUAUUUUUUCCUCAGCAUGUGGCCUUUGUUUAAAAUAAAUCUUGAUGUAGUUAAUAUUUUAAAACAAUAUAAGUAUUGGAGAGAAGAGGCUGUGAAAGUAGAAACCAAAAACAUUGCUGUAAGUGUAGCUGGUGACUGCAGGUUUCCAGUUAUCAGCUCAUACUUUGCUCUUGUCCUUCAUUAAGAAAGAAAACUGUCCUCAGCUCAUUUCAUCUCUAUUUAUUUCCAUUAACACAUUCCCUGAGAGUGACGUGUUAAUCAUUUUUUUCCUUGCAACACAUGGGUUAUUGACACCUCUGAGUAGCGGUACUUGAUGCCUAUUGACUAUAUGCGGUAUAGAGAAGACAAAUGAUCUUUCUCAGAGUGUUGAUAACAGUGUUCUGCGGUUUUCUAGAAAUGCUUUACUAUUUGAUGAUUACCUUGCUGUGGCAUUAUUGUGGCAAGUAAAGUAACUGUAGGGCACUAUUGGAUAAAUGUAUGCUUUUUUUUGUAAAAUCACAGAGCAGUAAUCACCACAUUACCACAGUUUAAACAUAAGGGGUGUACUGGGAACAUCUGUAAGCUAGGCAAGUGGAGGUUUUAUCCACUUGUUUCCACUGAGCUGUUUUUUCUUGAACAGACACCAUUCUAAAACUCAGCAGUGAAGUGGUUAGACUUUUCAGUCCUCAGAGGCACAGUUUCCAUUUUUUUUCUUUUUUGUUUGUUUUUAAUGUCUUGUUUUCCUUCAUUAUGAAGCUCAGUUACCAGAACCUAAAUGGUACUAAGGGCAAAAUCUGGUCGAAGAUUAUUUGUAAAUUUUUAAGUUAUCAUGGCAAUCAUCUAUAUGCUCUUGCCUGUUGCUAACUUCUUUUCCUUGCUGUCUUACCCUUCAUAUUAAGUGCACUUUGCUGUCUUGCCUUGGUCUGCACAGGAGACCUUUUUGUAAAGGCUCUGGAAAACUGAACAAUGAUAUUCAUAUAGAAAUGCUGACGCUUAAUUUUAAGCCCAGCAGUCUUUCUAAUUAUAUACAAAGAUUAAAAAUGUAUAAUGCUUGGUAAUACUCCUUUUCAAAAUAAUAAAGAAA